AUGCCAGGAGAGCCCCCCGGGGAGCUGAGGUCCCAGUCCGGUCCCUGGAGCCUGGGUGGGGCAGCUCGAAGCGCAUUCCAGCCGAAUUCAGCUCCCGGCAAGCUGGAAGGUCCGGAGCGGAUGCGCGGCCCUAAGAUCUGGACCGCGCACUGCUUCCCCGACCCUGACCCUGACCCUGACCCCACCCAGGACGAGAAGAAGUGCUUCCUGUGUGACUCCCGGCGGCCCUACUCCGCCAGGCCACGGGCGGGCACGGGCCUGCAGGGCUGCCCACCAGUGGCCUUGGCCCCUGACCUCCCUCCUGCCCCAGGUGUCCCUGCGGUCACCAUCCAGCUGGACUUGGAGGCUGAGUUCCAUUUCACGCACCUCAUCAUGACCUUCAAGACGUUCCGCCCGGCCGCCAUGCUGGUGGAGCGCUCAGCAGACUUCGGACGCACCUGGCACGUGUACCGGUAUUUCUCCUAUGACUGUGCAGCCGACUUCCCGGGCGUCCCGCUGGCCCCCCCACGGCACUGGGAUGACGUCGUCUGUGAGUCACGCUACGCGGAGAUCGAGCCAUCCACCGAAGGCGAGGUCAUCUACCGAGUGCUGGACCCUGCCAUCCCCAUCCCAGACCCCUACAGCCCGCGGAUCCAGAACCUGCUGAAGAUCACCAACCUGCGGGUGAACCUGACACGGCUGCACACGCUGGGCGACAACCUGCUGGAUCCGCGGCGCGAGAUCCGGGAGAAGUACUACUACGCCCUCUACGAGCUGGUUGUGCGCGGCAACUGCUUCUGCUACGGACACGCCUCGCAGUGUGCGCCCGCCCCAGGGGCACAGGCCCACACGGAGGGCAUGGUCCAUGGCGCCUGCACCUGCAAACACAAUACGCGCGGCCUCAACUGUGAGCAGUGCCAGGAUUUCUAUCAUGACCUGCCCUGGCGUCCAGCCGAGGAUGGCCACAGUCAUGCCUGCAAGAAGUGCGAGUGCCAUGGGCACACCCGCAGCUGCCACUUUGACAUGGCCGUGUACCUGGCAUCUGGCAACGUGAGUGGAGGCGUGUGCGACGGAUGUCAGCACAACACCGCUGGGCACCACUGUGAGCUCUGCCGGCCCUUCUUCUACCGGGACCCCGCCAAGGACCUGCGGGACCCGGCCGCCUGCCGCCCCUGUGAUUGUGACCCCAUGGGCUCCCGAGACGGCGGGCGCUGUGAUCCCCACGACGACCCUGCUCUCGGGCUGGUCUCGGGCCAGUGUCGCUGCAAAGACCACGUGGUGGGCCCCCGCUGCCAGCAGUGCCGUGACGGCUACUUCGGGCUCAGUGCCAGCGACCCCAUGGGCUGCCAGCGGUGUCAGUGCGAUGCCCGGGGCACGGUGCCUGGGGGCACCCCGUGUGACUCCAAGACUGGAACCUGUUUCUGCAAGCGCCUGGUGACCGGACACGGCUGCACCCGCUGCCUGCCUGGCCACUGGGGCCUGAGCCACGACACGCUCGGCUGCCGUCCCUGUGACUGCGACGUGGGCGGUGCCGUGGAUCCUCAGGCAGGUGGUGGCGGAAGAGGGAGCCACACAGCCUGUCUCCAGCAGGUGGCUGUGGUGGAGCGCCUGGCCGUCCCCGGGGCAGCCCCGUCCUGGACAGGUCUGGGCGUCGCCAGGCUGCAGGCAGGCCAGGCGCUGGACUUCCUCGUGACCUCCGUGCCCAAAGCCAUGGACUACGACCUGCUGCUGCGCCUGGAGCCCCAGGUCCCCGAGCAGUGGGCGGAGCUCGAGGUAGCCGUGCAGCGCCCGGGGCCUGUGUCUGCUCGCAGCCCCUGUGGGCAUGUGUUGCCCAAGGAUGACCGCAUCUCAGGAACGCUGCAACCCGACGCCAGGUCCGUGGUGCUGCCCAGGCCUGUCUGCCUGGAGCCUGGCGUCUCGUACAAGCUGCAGCUGAAGCUGCUGAGAACAGGGGGGCGCGCCCAGCCCGAGGCCCCCAGCCUGCUCAUUGACUCGCUGGUGCUGCUGCCUCGGGUCCUGGUGCUGGAGAUGUUCAGUGGGGGAGACGCGGCGGCCCUGGAGCGCCGGGCCACCUUCGAGCGCUACCGCUGCCAUGAGGAGGGCCUGGCGCCCAGCAAGGCCCCUCCCUCGGAGGCCUGCGGCAGCUGGGCAGGACACUCACGCCUCCCCUCACUGUGGGCAGGGCUGCGGUGCGAGGCUUGUGCCCCCGGGCACUUUGGGGACCCAUCCAGGCCUGGUGGCAGGUGCCAGCCAUGUGAGUGCAGCGGAAACAUUGACCCCACGGACCCUGAUGCCUGUGACCCCCACACGGGGCAGUGCCUGCGCUGCUUAUACCACACGGAGGGCCCACGCUGUGCCCACUGCCAGCCUGGCUUCCAUGGACAGGCUGCCCAGCAGAGCUGUCGCCGCUGCAUCUGCAACCCGCUGGGCACAGAUCCCCAGCAGUGCCCGUCCACAGACCGGUGCCACUGUGACCCAAGCAGUGGGCAGUGCCCAUGCCUCCCCAAUGUCCAGGGCGCGAGCUGUGACCGCUGUGCCCCCAACUUCUGGAAUCUGACCAGUGGCCGUGGCUGCCAGCCCUGUGCCUGCCACCCCAGUCGAGCCACAGGCCCCACCUGCAAUGAGUUCACAGGGCAGUGCCACUGCCGAGCCGGCUUCGGGGGGCGGACCUGUUCUGACUGCCAGGAGCUUCACUGGGGAGACCCUGGGUUGCAGUGCCGCGCCUGCGAUUGCGACCCUCGUGGGAUAGACACGCCUCAGUGUCAUCGCACCACAGGCCACUGCAGCUGCCGCCCGGGGGUGUCUGGCGUGCGCUGUGACCAGUGUGCCCGGGGCUUCUCGGGGGUCUUUCCUGCCUGCCACCCCUGCCACGCAUGCUUUGGGGACUGGGACCGCGUGGUGCAGGACCUGGUUGCCCGUACCCGGCGCCUGGAGCAGAGGGCGAAGGAGCUGCAGCAGACGGGUGUGCUGGGCGCCUUUGAGGGCAGCUUCCGGCACAUCCAGGAGAAGCUGGCCACCGUGCAGGGCAUCGUGCUUGCCCGCAACACCUCGGCCGCCUCCACUGCCCGGCUCCUGGAGGCCACGGAGGAGCUGCGGCGUCAGAUCGGGGAGGCCACCGAGCACCUGACCCAGCUGGAGACACAGCUGACAGAUGUGCAGGAUGAGAACUUCAAUGCCAACCACGCACUAAGCAGUCUGGAGCGAGACAGUCUGGCACUUAACCUCACGCUGCGGCAGCUCGACCAGCACCUGGACCUGCUGAAGCACUCCAACUUCCUGGGUGCCUAUGACAGCAUCCGCCGGGCCCACAGCCUGUCCGCAGAGGCAGGGCGCCGUGCCAACGCAUCGGCCCUGGCCGUGCCGAGCCCGGUGAGCCACUCCGCAGGCACCCGGCACCAGACGGAGGUGCUGAUGGGUGCCCAGAGGGAGGACUUCAACCGCAAGCACAUGGCCAACCAGCAGGCACUGGGGGAGCUCUCUGCCCGCGCCCGCGGCCUGAGCCUGACAGGCAUAAAUGAACUGGUGUGCGGGGCUCCCGGCGAUGCUCCCUGUGCUACGAGUCCCUGCGGGGGUGCCGGGUGCCGGGACGAGGACGGGCAGCCCCGCUGUGGGGGCCUCAGCUGCAACGGGGCGGUGGCCAUGGCGGACCUGGCGCUGGGUCGGGCCCGGCACACACAGACAGAGCUGCAGCGGGCCCUGGCGGAAGGUGGUGGCAUCCUCAGCCAGGUGGCAGAGACCCGGCGGCAGGCAGGCGAGGCCCAGCAGCGGGCGCAGGCGGCCCUGGACAAGGCCAACGCCUCCAGGGGGCAGGUGGAGCAGGCCAACCAGGAGCUGCGCGAGCUCAUCCAGAGCGUGAAGGACUUCCUGAGCCAGGAGGGGGCCGACCCUGACAGCAUCGAGAUGGUGGCCACCCGGGUGCUGGAGCUCUCCAUCCCGGCGUCACCUGAGCAGAUCCAGCACCUGGCUGCCGAGAUCGCCGAGCGGGUCCGGAGCCUGGCCGAUGUGGACACGAUCCUGGAGCGCACUGUGGGAGAUGUGCACCGGGCAGAACGGCUGCUGCAGGAGGCGCAGCGGGCACGGAGCCGGGCUGAAGGUGAGAAGCAGAAGGCAGAGACAGUGCAGGCGGCACUGGAGGAGGCCCAGCGGGCGCAGGGGGCCGCUCAGGGGGCGAUCCAGGGGGCAGUGGUUGAUACGCAAGACACGGAACAGACCCUGCACCAGGUGCAGGAGAGGAUGGCGGGAGCAGAGCAGGCGCUGAGCUCUGCAGGGCAACGGGCUCAGCAACUGAACGGCCUCCUGGAGGCUCUGAAGUUGAAACGAGCAGGGAACAGCCUGGCGGCCUCCAGGGCCGAAGAAACAGCAAGCAAUGCCCAGGGUCGUGCCAGGGAGGCUGAGCAGCUGCUGCAGGGCCCACUGGGCGACCAAUACCAGACAGUGAAGGCCCUGGCGGAGCGCAAGGCCCAGGGCGUGGUGGUCACUUCCUUGCUGGAGAAUUUGGCCGCAAAUAGUUGCCAAGAUAGCUGGGCCGGGAAGAAAGCGCCGUAG